AUGCUAAUUCUUACUUUCUUGCUAGGUGGACCGGCGUAUACCGCGCCUAUUUUAGCUGGAGAGACCAUACCCUCGUUGCUCUCCGUACUAUCAUCGCCCUCCUGUCCUCGAUCCCUCGCCCUCGCUGUCCUUCGAACCCUCAACACCAUUGCGGAUCAGCUUGCCUUGGUAUAUCAAAAUGUAGAUAACCAGACACAACCCAUGGGCGCCCUGCUCUUCACCCGCAAGUAUAUCCCUACUUUCCGUGGCAUUCUACAGCAACCAGCCAACUCUCCCGGUGCACAACCUUGCAUAGAGCUUGUAGCAGACCUCAUCUCGAAGACAUGCUCCGGAGAGCAGCAGAAGAGCCUUCUAGCUGAGUGCGGCAUUUUGGAUGUCCUAGGUUUAAGGCUGGCAGCUUUCGUCGUUGCGGGAGGGUUUGUUCUUCCCGGAGCAGAGAACUCCUGUACCAACUCCGGCGCAUUGGGAUACAUACCGGAUCCUGCUCCGGCCGAUGCCAAACUAACUCCCAUUCUCCAUGCGAUUGCCGUCAUCAUCGAACAGUCCGCGGCUCGUGCAGAACAUCUCUUGACAUGUCCCGCUUUGGUCACCGUCUUUCCCCGGUCAUUCUAUGACCUCUACCUCGGCCAGGCUAAGAAAGGCCCAUGGAAAUCUCCCUAUUCAUCCGGUUAUGGCUUUACCAAACGCAACGUCUUGAAUCCCAUUGAUUCCCUUCUCCCGUCAGUGCAGCCAAUGCAAAACAAUGGCUCAUCCAAUUUCCCCCCAUUGGGCUCGCAACCUCAGUAUGACAAGCGAGGGCAGUUCUUUGGCCCUCAACCGCCUUGUACCGACAGUCCUGCUCCAGAAGAGCCAGAGAGCGUGUUGGUAUCCUGGUUGCUUUAUGUUGCCCGAGCAGACCGUGGUUACGUCCGUCUCAUGGCAGCUCGAAUACUUGCCACCCUAUUCCGCCAUCAUCUCCUGAAAAAGAGCCGCGUCCCGAUGCUCGGAUUUCUCUUGGUUCCGCUCCUAGUUAGAAUGCUCGACAGUGCUCACCAUGCUGAAGACUCGUCCACUUUCGAUGGUUGCGUGAACUCAAUCACUCUGCGUGUUAAAGAGGAAGCUCCCGCUGUGCUAGCCUCCCUGGUCAUGGAUAGCCGAGAGCUGCAAAAAUUUGCCGUCGAUAGCGGUGCUAUCAAGAAACUCACCCAAAUGCUGAAAGAGUCGUUCGCGCCAACUUCAGAAGCCGGCACUCCCAUGUGGAGUACAACAAAGAGACCUGCCACAGUUCUAGUUCAGUCAACAGACUCAGACACGUCUUUGGGACCCCCAGGAUUCACCCGCCAGGCCCUCUCCAAGAUAAAAUACCGAGAAGCCAUUCUCAAAACCCUGGCAGCACUCUCCUUGGUUAAUGAUGAUUACAGAAAGGCUAUAUGCGAUACUGGUGUUGUUCAGCAUAUCAUUGACUCGAUGAAACCCUGGAAUCCAGAGACAACAGUUCUAGGAAACAAGACUUGCAUUACCGAAUUGGAAGGGAAUACAACGCCAGUCAUACUUGCAGCUUGUGCCGCUGCUAGAUCGUUGACUCGAUCAGUCAGUGUGCUUAGAACCAGCUUGAUUGAUGCCGGCAUUGCUGCGCCAAUAUGUGACUUGGUUAAAUCCAGCAAUGUCGAAAUACAGAUUGCGGCCACUUCAGUAAUGUGUAAUUUGGCCCUUGAUUUCAGCCCAAUGAAGGAGGCUCUUCUUGAGGCAAACAUGGUCCCGCUACUGUGCGAAAAUUCCCAUUCACCAAAUGCAAACCUUAGAAUAGAAUCCCUCUGGUCUCUCAAGCACAUUUCCUAUAAUGUACCGAACAAGAUGAAGAAAGAUAUCCUAGAGGCUCUUGGUAUCGAGUGGAUCAAACAGGUUCUCUCUCACGACCCUAACGAUCCUCUCAAUGCCAGGAGACGACAGGACGACAUUGCAAGCGAGUUGCCAUCCUCACUCAUAGAGAUGGGCACCUCAAAUUCAUUUGGCGAACAAGUAGACAUCCUCAACCCGGUGAUACCCAGCAGCUUGGAAUCAGAGUCUCCUAUGAUGGACUUCGAUGGCCAUAUUCCAGAUAGUUCGAUAACCUCGAAACCUGACGUUGAUACUCAUUCCGCCGAGAAGGUUCGGAAGCGCAGAUUGGCGCUGAAUGGAGAUUUGGACCAGACCAAGAAACUACGCCAAGACGAUACGCUAGCACAGGAGGAGCUUUUCGACUUGCUUCGAAACAUCAUGUGUGGCCCGGGAGCGCCCGAUAUGAUCGACUAUCUUCUCCAGAAGUUCGGCCAGACCGACUUCCUAGAUAUCCUUGCAAGCAAACUCCGUCCUAGACCCCUUCCCACCGCCAACGCCUCUAUAGCUUCCUUCAAGGACAAAUCAACCACCUCACAGCAAAAAUCAAUACUCCACCCUACCGAAAUAAUCCGCGCAGUGACUUAUGUCCUGAUCCACAUUGCCGCUGGCGUCUCGCGACAUCGCCACCUGCUAGUCUUCCACCAAGACCUGCUCAAACUAACCAUGGCCUUGUUAAGCCACUCGAACUGGCAGAUUCGGGCCAAUUGCGUCUGGAUAGUGAUUAAUCUCACUCUUGAUGAUGACAAGACCGAUAGAGCUAGCCGGGUUGAGCGUGCCAUGAGGCUGAAGAGCCUAGGGGUUAUGGAACGUCUGAGCAGUUUGGAAAUUGAUAGCGAAUCCGACGUUAGAGAACGGACAAAAACGGCUUUGGAUUGGAUGAAGACGCUCUUGGGCCAAUAA